AUGUCGUCGUCGACCUUCAACCUCGGUUCCCCGACCAGCUGGGGGAAGGUCAACAGAUUUCACGACAGCCACGAAGACCUGCUCGAGAAAGGAUACUGGCAAGGCAUCAAUUCGGAAGCCAGAAACCCGAAUCUUCGACGCGCCUUCCAUAAAUUCGUGGACAUCGUGCGCCCUUCCAUUCUGACCCAGGGUCCCGCCGCAAAUAAGCCGCUGUUUCCAACAUCAUAUUUGGAUGGUUUGAGGGGCUUCGCAGCCCUCUUGGUAUAUAUCCAACAUCAUGAGCUCUGGGUGCGAGAAGCCGACGGAGAUGGAGAGAUAUUUGAGAACGGAUUCGGCUACAAUGGGAAACAUCAUUUUGCGACAUUCCCCUUCAUCCGCUUGUUCUUCUCGGGCGGCCACUUUGCAGUUCCGAUAUUCUUUGUGAUUUCAGGAUACGUUCUGUCGGCGAAACCACUGCAAUUGAGCGAAGCCGAGGAAUAUAGCAAAUUCAGCGACAAUGUCUCAUCGGCUCUGUUCCGCCGAUGGUUGCGUCUCUGGAUGCCCGUUAUGGCGACGACGUUUAUCUAUAUGACUCUGGCCCACUAUCCCGGCUUCUACACCGACGACUAUGUCCACAAGGCCACGUACGGAGAGGAGGUGUGGGAAUGGUGUGUCCAAACGAAGAAUUUCAGCUUCAUGUUCGACAUGAGCGGGAACCCUUUCUUCCCAUUCAACGGACAUAUCUGGACCAUCCCCGUGGAGUUCAAGGGAUCGAUAGUGAUCUACCUCUCGGUCAUUGCACUCGCCCGCUGUGCGAGAAAUGCACGGCUCUGUUGCGAGCUGGUACUCAUCUACUACUUCUUGUACAUUUCCGACGGCGCAUUCUACGCUAUGUUUAUGGGCGGACAACUACUCGCGCAUCUGGAUCUUCUAGCACUCAACAAGAACCUCCCACUCAUUUUAGCCCGUCUGGAGCCUUACAGAGAGAUCAUCGCCUACCACUUGCUAAUCAUCGGUCUCUACCUCGGUGGCGUGCCAGCCCACAACCAGGAUCUCAACGUCGUGCGCAACACCCGCGGGUGGUACUACCUGUCCUUCCUCAAGCCGCAGGCCGUAUUCGACUACAAGUGGUUCUACAUGUUCUGGGCGGCCAUAUUUACCGUCGCAGCCGUCCCGCACGUUGGAUGGCUGAAGCGGUUCUUCGAGGGCAGAUUUUGUCAAUACCUGGGCAGGAUCUCAUUCGGCCUCUAUUUGUGUCAUGGACCGGUGCUAUUUAUUCUUGGCGAUCGCUUAUACUCUGCGGCGGGCUGGACUAGAAUCAAACAUUUGAUGGCUAUGCCGCAGUGGGUUAACGCAUGGCCAUUAUCCCACGCUGGGCCUCUGGGUCUGGAAUGGGGGCUCUUGGUCCCGAACUUGAUUCUUCUUCCGGUUACGCUCUGGUUCGCAGAAAUUUGCACGAGGUUUAUUGAUACGCCCAGCGUGAAGUUUGGACAGAAUCUGUACAAGAGGCUGCAGAGAGGGACGUAA